UCAUCUCCGUCAGCUUCCCCGGCUGCACCCGCCCGCUCACCCGCGCCCCGUAGCGCAACGUGUAGCCGCCCGUCAGCAUGAACUCGCAGUCGGCGCUGCCGCCCAGGUAGACGUCGAAGCUGCCGUCGCUCCGCAGCAGGUAGCUCUGCACCCCCUCCGGUAGCAGGCCCCGCGGGAAGUCGUAGCGCUCCAGCAGUUCGUACGCCGAAGGCGCGUCCGCGAUCGCCGCGGUGAUGGACGCGAUCAGGACGAGCAGUCGAAGAAACGACGGCGGCGGUGGCGUCUUCAUGUUGGAUUCGUGGCGAUGAAUCGAUCAGGAGCUUCGGGUCAAUGAUUACUUGGCUUUGCUGGAGAGCUUAUUCUCGUCCACGAAGCGAAAUGGCGUGCACAGCCCUCGCGGAUGCCGCAACCCUAUCUCGCGCUCUCUUCCCUACCGGAGCAGCUCGAUCUCAGUGGAAGGUGAAGGAUCGACGGGUGCUCCGUUGCCGGGUUAGGGCGGACACCACGGCGACGGAGAAGUUGGGGAUCAAGGUCGUGAGGAACCCGCCGGAAUCCGAGCUCGCCGAUCUCGGUGUUCGCCAGUGGCCCAAGUGGGGCUGUCCUCCCAGCAAAUUUCCAUGGACGUACACGGCGAAGGAGACUUGCUAUCUGUUGGAAGGCAAGGUGAAGGUCUUCCCUGAAGGGCAAGGCGACGAGUUCGUGGAGAUUCAGGCCGGUGAUUUGGUGGAGUUCCCUAGAGGGUUGUCCUGCACCUGGGACGUCUCUGUUGCCGUGGACAAACAUUACAACUUCGAGUGAUGUCGGAGAUCCAAUUUCACUUUAACUUCUAUGCAAGAACUGAGAAUUUUUCUAAUCUAGAAGACGAAUGGGAAACAGUUGCAUUAUUGGAGAUUCUCGACACACGGUUGAGUAUCAGUAACUAGAUCAUAAGCAGUGUUUUGCUACAUUGUUUCACUAGGGAGAUUUCUUGGAAAGCAUACACAAUCUACCAUGAUUUAGGAACUGGUAGAUGACUCUCCAGACUCAUUUUUGCCCUUCAUUUGCUCGAACUUAUCAAUUGCGACUUGGAGUU